AUGCCAGGCACAUCAAGACAGGAAGAAGAUAUGAUAAACCAGGCCAAAAGAAAACUGCGCAAUACCACUGACCCUAUAGAGAAACUUCGUCUGCAGUGUUUAGCAAGGGGAGCGGCAGGCAUUAAAGGACUUGGCAGACUAUUUCGGACUUUGGAUGCAAACAAGAGCGGAGCCCUUGAUUUUAAAGAGUUUUCGAAAGGAUUGAAUGAUUAUGCUAUAAUGAUCAACAAGGAUGAAGCACGAGAGAUUUUCCAGAUGUUUGAUAAAGAUGGCAGCGGAAAAAUUAGUUUUGAUGAAUUUCUUGUUAUGCUGAGACCUCCCAUGUCAAAUGUAAGAAGAGAGAUCAUCAUGCAGGCAUUCCAGAAGUUAGACAAAGGGGGAGAUGGUAUUGUAACAAUUGAAGACUUACGUGGAGUGUUUAACGCUAAGCAUCAUUCGAAAUACCUAAAUGGAGACUGGACUGAAGAUCAGGUGUUUAGGGCCUUUCUGGAUAAUUUUGAUUCACCCUAUGAAAAAGAUGGAAAGGUCACCAUGGAAGACUUCAUGAACUACUAUGCAGGAGUCAGUGCUUCCAUUGACAAGGAUGCCUAUUUCAUUGUCAUGAUGAAGAAUGCUUGGAAAUUCUGA